AGCUCGCCUGUCCUAUGCGAUCGACAACGGGAUGUGAAGAGGAAAAUGAUUGGGGCAUAAACUAUUCCCGGAGACGCCUGUCACAGCUACAGCCGCUGAAGUGGAAAGGGUGGAUGGUUAUUUCGCAAACACUUCAAGCCUAUGUAUACUACUGCAUUCAUUUGUUGGAAACGCUUCCUAGUAUCUUCGAGAACAGCGCAGGAGGAAUGCUGCUCCGAGAUCUGAUGCCAUUUACUUUAAGUUUUUGGCCUUUUUUCAUCGCUCACUGCCUCCUGUCACAGCUUUUACUCUCAUGCAAGGGAGAGAUCCAGAGGUCAUGCUCGUGGACGGUGGCGGAGAAAGUUGGCGAACAGUGCCAGGUGGCGUGCCACUGUAGGAGAUACCCUCCCCUCCCUCCGCCUCCGCCUCCUCCACCGCCUCCUCGGCUUCUGGGAACCACAGUGGCAGAGCCCAUGGUGCCGUUGUUGAGGCCCUGGUGGAGGGAAGUGGACGUUAUAGUGCUUGGGACAGUGAGCUGUGCCUCAGUCGUCUUCCUCCUGUCUGCCAUCAUCAUCUGCUACAAGGCUAUCAAAAGGAAACCACUGCGAAAGGAGGAGAACGGGACGAGUCGCGGGGAGUACGCCAUGAGCAUCCGCAACAAGAAGGCCAUGGGUACAAACAACACUGUGGUAUAGACUUUUUCCUGGUCCAGGAAGUAAACACCAUCAUGUCUACAUCAUGUCUCCUGAAAACAACAGACCCUUUCUAACCUUUAGCGCAACAUGAGUUCACCAGAAGCUUUCAGACAGGUAAACCUCUCCUUUUUGUUUGGCAUUUAGCCCGGACUGACAAUGCCCUUUCGCUCAAGAGGAGCUGAAAAAAGACGGAAAGCAGAGCAAAAUCGGAGCAGAAAAGACAGAGAGACAGGAUCCACAACUCCCUGUGGUGUCAAAAGCAGCACAGCAGACCGGGCAUUAUGCUUUUAGUAACAGCAAGUGUUGCUGACAGGCUGGUUGGCUGCAGGCUGGAGAGGAGCUGUCUGCCAGUCUGCAGCAGAUCCAGACCUCACGCACUGUUGACGUCUGCAGCGAGACAACGGGCAAUCAGACGGGGCAACCAACAACAUGCAUGAUGUUUUUACAGAGAAUGAAAGAUUUUUAUAUAAUCCUCCUCUCUGUCACGGUGUCCACCUUUUGUUCUCCGUUUUACCACAUGCUUUGUGAAAGGCAGGAUCUGCCUCUGAGAUGUGGAUUCAUCUGACUAUGCAAUAUAAAGAAAUUUAUAUUUAACAGAAAAGAAGAGCAGCAACAUCAACACGGGACUUCCUGGUUGUUUUACCACGCCAAAAAAAGAGACUUCUGUUCCCUGUAAUAUAUUUUAAGUCAUUCAUUUAUUUAUUUUAUUUAACUAUCUUCAAAUUUAUUUUUAUACUUAAAGAAAACUGUCCUGUAAUUUACACACAUGCUUACAAAUCUUGGACAUUUUGAGGAAUUUGUUUUUUUUCUUGAUUGCUCUGUUUUUUUAAGCAAAUAAUUUGUAAACUAUGUUAAUCACUAGUGAUCUUCCUGCUGAGACUCUGGUUUUUCUCUCUGGGUGUUGAGAUACAGACAAGGAAAGAAGAAGUGAGGUCCCUGCUUACAUUGGAUUUAUAAGGGAAAUUAGCAGCCAGGUGCUGCUGAUCAUACUGUUCUACACUGCAAAAACAGAAAAUCUUACCAAGUAAUUUUGGUCUAGUUUCUAUCAAAUAUCUUAGUGCACCUGAAAUAAGACAAUACUAACUUGCAAAAAGCUUUUCAGUAUAAAAUACAGGCUUAUUUUAAGUUAGUAUUUAUUUAAUAUUGAUGAAAAAGUGCUAGUUCUGGCAGAUUAUUUCACUGAUGACACUGGAAAAACGUAUUGUUAUAACUUGCAAACACAACUGCAUAUCUGCAAAAGAAUGCCUGAAAAAUAAGAAGAAUCGAGGUUUCACAAUGGCUAAGUCAAAUCCCCGUCUUCAGCCUUUUUGAAAGGUUAGUUGGGAAUUUCAGAGAGGGUUGCAGUAAUAAGACGGAAAGGA